CCCGGAGCUUCUUUAAUGACCGAGAACCACUGCUUUCCUCACCAAUGGUGUGGAGAGAGUUUCCUUUUUUUUCUUCUUCUUCUUUCAGCGAACGCCUUGUGAAAGGUUUUUUUUUGUAAAUCAAUGACAGAGUUUGGUUUAACUGCUGCCUUUAUCUCUGCGAAAGUGAUCAGCCUAGCAAGGUUUUGGCGGAGUCACCUGCGCACUCGCAGAGCAUAGAGCGUAAAGUUGAAUGACAUGUGACGAGAACCAAUCAGAUUGGAUACAUAUUCUGAUUCGCCAGGGACGCAGCGACCUGCGCCCGGAGGAGAAUCUUUAAGAAAUCAAUUAGACACCAGCUUCAGGUCACAUGCUGCCCGAAAAUUGAAGGACUCAGACAUAGACAUAGACAUAAUAAAUACAUAGACGCCCUAUUGGCCGCUUUGGAACGUUGCUGCGAUACGUCAACGCGUCCGCCAUUUUGCGGAGGGCAAGACUGCGCUGUAACCAAAUGCAAGUAAACGGGUACGAGCAUCGUUUAAUCUUCUGUCGCCGCGAUAAUCCAGAACAAGGACAUUUGAACGAGUAGGUUCCGCUCUCAUCAAGCUGUUGACAACUGGAUCAACUACCUCACGUGACCGAACCUCAAGUCAGAAUAUCAAGAUGACACUUCGAAUGGUGGAGAUGAUUGCUGUGCUUCUUAUGGGCAUUGUGGGCUUGGUCAUCCUUGGAGUAACUGAAAUUAACUUAAAUGUGCCCUAUGAAAACAACAACAGAGACUUAUAUGAAAGACUCCAUCACCAAGCUCAUUUGCAGAAAUCAGCAGCUCUCCAGUCUUUGUCUCCAAGUUGUGUGCAGAAUAUGUCUGCUGUUGAUGUGGCUGGAUUUUCUACACUGCCAAAUCAUAUCAAAGACUUCUUGCUUUACCGCCACUGUAGGGAUUUUCCCAUGCUUCUAGAUGUCCCUUAUAAGUGUGGAGUCCCAGAGAAGUCUGCAGAUAUCUUCCUUCUACUGGUCAUCAAGAGCUCUCCAGAGAAUUAUGAACGACGAGAGGUUCUGCGGAAAACUUGGGCUAUGGAACAACAGCACAAUGGUGUGUGGAUCCGUCGAGUCUUCAUUAUUGGAACCACUGGAACUGGUUUGGAGAAGGUCAGAUUAAAUAAAAUGUUGAAAUUUGAGAACCGUGAGAACCAAGACAUUUUACAGUGGGACUUCAAUGAUUCAUUCUUUAACCUCACACUAAAGCAGAUCCUGUUCUUACAGUGGAUGGAUAAAUGGUGCCCACACACCAAGUUUCUUUUAAAUGGUGAUGAUGAUGUUUUUGCCAACACGUUUAAUAUGGUGGAGUAUCUUCAAGGUCUGAAGGACAAUAAUGGAAGUAAACAUUUGUAUGUAGGGCAACUCAUGGAGAAUACAGGACCGUUCAGACAAUCUUCGAGCAAAUACUAUGUCCCAGUGCAGGUACUCAAGUCUAAUAUAUAUCCUCCAUACUGUACUGGUGGAGGCUUUCUUCUUUCCGGUUUUACAGCCAGAACAAUAUACAGUAUGUCUUUCAAUGUUACUCUGAUGCCUAUUGAUGAUGCUUACAUAGGAAUGUGCGUGGAAAAGGCAGGUCUCACACCCACAUCCCACACUGGCGUGAGGAUUGAAGGUAUGAAUCUCCUAAAGGGUGACAAAUAUCACCCUUGUUAUUAUAAAGAAAUGCUUCUAGUCCACAAAUUUCUACCACAACAGAUUUUUGGAAUGUGGAAUGAAAUACAAGAUCCACAUUUACAAUGUGGAAAAACUAAAUCCUUUCUGUAAACCUGACCAUACAUAAGAUGUGCAUUGAACUUGUUUUAAAAUUUAUGCAAACUGAUCCACUUUUGAAUGAUAAAUUAUUAACAUAGUAUUUAGCUGAUUGUAUCAGUACUACAGUAAGUCAAUAACACAGCUUUCAUAAUCGGGUAGGACAAGGCGUAGCCUCAUAGUGUGCUAAAGUAACAGUAGUAGCUCAUGGUUUUAGAAGAAGGCUAGCUGCACAAAAAAUAAACACAUCAAAACAAAGUGUUCAUAUACAGUGCAUUACACCAUAACUGCAUAAUGGUUUCAACGUGUUCCUAAAACUGUUGCAAGCCAUUUGAUGUCUUCACACCUUGUUCGCUGUUACCAAAUUCCAAUUGAAUAUGUUAUGUUAUCUACGUGUAUGUAUUUAUUGGUGUUUAACAUUUGGUGUUUUAGUAAUGUUUGAAUCUGGAUUGUACAAAUUAAAGAGUUUUUACUUGACUAGAAAAUCAUACUCGUACAUUUGUGUAUUUGAAAAGAAAGAUUACCUUCACCAUUGUGGUGGAUAAAUGUGACCUUUGUUGACCACACCUUGUUCAGGCAAACCAUUUGAAGAUUAAGAUCAGAGCUACGCAUAAUUUUUAUUGUUAGGAAUAUGCAUCAGCAUUGUUCUGUUUAUGAGCUUUGCAUACACCAUAAAAGUAUAGCUGAAGAAUACAAAUGCACUGUCAUUCAGGAUGCACCUGAUGUGGUUGGGCAUCUACUGGCCUGAGAAGACAAUUGCAUCCCAAACCACAAAAAAAGAAAAAAGAAGUGAACUACAAGUAUCCAGUGGUGGCAAGCAGGAGCCACUUGUGCUUUUAGGGGGCACAAUUGUUUGUAUGUAUUUUAACCUACUUUCAGGAUUAUUUCAAGUCAUUUUUUAUCAUGCCAUGUAUAACUGCAAUCUCUAGAAGUAAGCUAAUAAAACUAUUUAAAAUCAAA